AUGCUCCCUGACAGACCUCCAUCUGUGUACCGUCGGUCCACAUCUUCCCAUACGCUGCUCCCUCUGCGCCGCCGGACGUGUCACAUCGGCCCGACGUGUCGCCCCGCGAUUGGGCAUAUAUUAUUCUCAUCUGCAUGUCUGUCCGCUAGGGAGGCCUCCAAGAAACCCAAGCGGGCUGCUGUCUCCGGCGGCCUUCAUCGCGAGUGGCAGGACUGGUACAAGACCCCUGCGAAGAGUGAUCGCCCCAGGCCUCAGAUCUCAACCGUCAAGCCUUCGGAACGGCAGGCGAAGGCGACUGCGCCCUCAAAGGUCCGCACGACUCGGACGCGCGAGUCAUCGGCUGAGACGGAAGGGGUCCACGACUACGCCGGACUUCAUGACGAGGACGAGACCGCGGAGCGCGAUGCCCUCACAGACGACAGGCCAACGACCACUCUGACGUGGGGUGAUGAUGCAGAAGAUGACGACGUUCUCAGCUCCGACAAAGGUGUAGACCGUGAGAUGGCUGCGGUUGUCGCGCGACGGAAGGACAUAUACACAAGUGUUCGACGUGUCACAGCCGCAGAGGCCGCAUCCUCUUCGGAGGUCAAGAAGACCCGUGAGCGCAACCGCCCUAGCGGUAAGGAUAUCCCAAAUGAAUACAAGAAAGACUUCACCUUCCGCCUGGUGCCCUUCCUUCGUGCCGUAGCGGGCACCAAAGUCCCCUUCACCGUGCUAGAGCUGGAGAAGAAGUGUCAAAUCUUCAAGACAAUUUUUUCGUGGUCGGAUCUGAAGAUCGAGCAGGAUUCCGUGUUUUCUGUUGUCAUGGACAACCGUAUCUCGGAGUGGAAGAACAAAUUCCGAGAGGCAGCCCUUAUGGCUGUGAAGGAGGAGAUGAUGGAUCCCGACCGCAAGUCAAGCCGAGAGGCUCGUAUUGCCUUCGUGCGCUACCAGCUUGCGCUAGCUCCUGGUGCUGACCGUUCGGACAAGGAUACAAUCAAGAACAUGCGCGCACCUUUCUUCUGGGCUGAAUGGGAGGAAGGUCACAGGCGUGGCAAAUUUGAAGGUCCUAUGCUCUUGAAGACCUUAGCAUAUGCCCACUUUCCUGUCCUUGAGGCAGUGCCUAGUGACCUGCGGGACCAAAUUCCGAACAUCUACGGAACCUCGAUUCCGAUCGGAGCGCUCAUUAUGGCGGCUCUUGCGGUUGAGUUUGCUCUCCAUGCCUGGCUCACAGGUGACCUCCGCACUGCGCGUGGUGCAGAGGGUCAGUUUUCGGCUGAGAACUGGGGCGAUAAGGUCAUCAAGCAGAAUGGUGUUCUGUUCCAGGAGAACAAAGUGGAGUCUUUGUUCAAGCGUGCUUCUACUUUGGACGAUGAGCGCAUUUUCCGCAUCAUAGACCAUUGUCGUUCUCUGUGCUCUGACCGUCGGCAGGUGGUCAAGGCACAGCCUAGAGAUGGUGUCCAGGAGGACACUGCUCCAGACUAUGCUGAAUCAGACUAG